AAAUGGAACUGUCCAGACAUCAGAAGAAGGGCAAGAGAGAGAAAGUGUUGGUGCUCUUUCUGUCCAACCUGCAGUGAGAAAGCUGUGCUGGACAGGUAGCAAUUACAUUUAUGCAGGCCCUGGGAGGAAGCCCCAACUCUUGAUGCACCUGGAGAGCUAUGUGAACAAGGAGCUGCAAACUAUCAGCUCCCAUGAGCCCAAAUUUCAGGAACUGAAACUACAGGUCUACCGUCAUGUCUUUGGUCAUUUCAUCAAAGAGUUCAAAACCUACCAACCCCUCCUUUUGGCCAUCAAAAAGGAAUACGAAACCACCCUAGCAUAUCAGCAGGAUCAAAUCCAAGAACUGGAAUCAUUGCGAUGCCAUCUGAGGCUGGUGACAGAGGAAUGCGACAGGAAGAUUCACGCUCGCUGGGCAGAGGAGCAGGUUGAGAUUGGAGCGUUGAAAAUGGAGAAACAACAACUGCAGAAGGACAUUGAGGCCAUGAGGGAGAGAGAAAGGGCCGUGCAGGCAGUGGUGGACCGUCUGCAGUCUGAACUCUCCGACCAGUAUUUGCAGUAUCGGGAGGAGCGUGAUGCCCGCAAGCUUUUGCUCUGGCAGUUUAAUGACUUAUCAAGAGGCUCUGUGAAGGAGGAGCAUCCUGUAGAUGAAAAUAAAGAAGAGGCUGAGGACACUGUUGAGCUGCAGCUUGCUCUGAAGGUGUGUCGAGUAGACCUGACUAAAGCCCAGGAGGAGCUCAACAGGAUGAAGGCAGAGUAUUGGGAUUUCGUGCCACGACGCAACUGGGACAUCCUGGAACAAACACACAAACACACCCUCCUGCAGGUGGCUCAUCUUAAGACUCUGCAGGGUGACUUCGAUCAGCUGAAGAGUGAGUACGACACCCUGUUGGAGCUCCACAAAGGGGGCAACAUACAGAACAAGACACACACCCCCAUCACUGUGCAGGUGGAUGAGAGUGUGUCCAAUGGACAAGGCCAGAUUCAGUCCAAAAGAACUAAAAGUGCCGAUUGA